UUCGUUUUUGAUCUGAUUUACGUUCGCAACCUUCCAUUAGCAGAUGAUGCAUUUAUCCCCGCACAUCCCCCGGGAGAAAUCCUAAUACGAACCUCAAUCACGUAUGAUUGCGUUAAAAGAGUCGGAGAGGGAGAGAGAGAGGUGGGAGAGAGGGAGACGGAGACAGAAGGGGGAGGCUGUGGACUCCCUCUCGUCGUCGGGGAUGUAACGCACCGACACAGCGCUCAUUCUGCACGAGCUGGCGUUGAGACUCCUUCAUUAUUUGUGCGCUAUAAAAGCACUUGAGCGUGCGCGUUCGCCUCAACUAUUUGUUGCAUUUUUGGACUCUUAAUCACUCCCCGCUGGCUUGGGUUCCAGCUCUGCAGCAUCCUUGCAGAGUGAAGCCGCUGCUUCCAUUUUUCUCUCCCUCCAAGACUGCAUUUAGAGGUUGCCAUCGACGUAACCGAACAGUGGGGCUCAGAGAUCUGUCAGAGCUGCUCCGCAUCCAGGACAAGCGGGACGGUGUCGCUGACCGAUGCGCAUGAUGAUGUGAGGAGCAGGAGAAGUUGGGGUAUCGCCUCGUUUUGUCUACUCACACGCAGGAGCCCGUUUAUUCGAGCUGGCGUGAAUCAAACGGGAGCCAGCAGGGCGGACUGCUGUGCAGACGCACCGCCGUUCACCUGGAGCACCUGAGCAUCUCCAAUGACAACGCAGCUCACAAACACUGUUGCAUGUUUUCACGAGUGACAUCUCGGCCCCGGUGGCCUUGGCCAUAAAUUCGUCUCACAGCAGCUGCUUCAAAGUCCCGAGUGCCAUCCGAACUCGGAGCAGACUCCAUGCUGCUGACUCCUCCAGAGGAUGCCUGACGUGCAAAGAUGCGCGGGACUCACAGGAUGACGUUUAGUUAAAACAACCGUGGACCAAAUUACACAAUAUUUUGUCUCGCAUUUGUUUGCAUCUGGAUCCGACCACUGCCGAACUAGAGUUUUUUUUCAUUAUUAUAAUUUAUUUUGUUUUUGUUAGACUCGGUUCGGGGAGAUGGCUGCGAUCGCCAGCUCCCUGAUCCGGCAGAAACGCCAGGCCAGGGAGUCCAACAGUGACCGGGUCUCCACUUCCAAACGGCGCCCCAGCCCCAGCAAGGACCCCCGCUCUCUCUGCGAGAGGCAUUUCUUGGGGGUCUUCAGCAAAGUCCGCUUCUGCAGCGGCAAGAAACGACCCGUUCGGCGGCGGCCAGAUGCACCCUUGAAACCUCCACAGGUGUCCCAUAAGGGCUGCAGGCUAGAGCCACAGCUGAAAGGCAUCGUGACACGACUUUUCAGCCAGCAGGGUUUCUACCUGCAGAUGCAGCCGGAUGGAACCAUCGAUGGCAGCAAGGACGAGAACAGCGACAACACCCUGUUUAAUCUUAUUCCUGUGGGUCUGAGAGUGGUGGCCAUCCAAGGGGUGAAAAGUGGCUUCUACAUUGCCAUGAAUGGCGAGGGGAUGCUCUACAGCUCGGAGAUGUUCACGCCUGAGUGUAGAUUUAAGGAAUCAGUUUUCGAAAACUACUAUGUGAUCUACUCAUCCACUGUGUACCGACAGCAAGAGUCAGGUCGAGCCUGGUUCCUUGGUCUCACAAAGGAGGGUCAAGUCAUGAAGGGCAACCGAGUCAAGAAGACCAAACCCUCAUCUCAUUUUGUGCCCCGGCCUAUUGAAGUUUGUAUGUACAGGGAGCCAUCAAUGCAUGAGAUAGAGGACAAGCACCGCUCCAGGAAGAGCUCAGGGACCCCCACCAUGAAUGGAGGGAAAGCUGUCAAUCAGGACUCCACAUAGCACCGGGAAGAGCAAGGGGCUUCCUGCAUGGGAGGUGGCCUCAUCCUGACUCAGGGGGAAGGGGCCACAGGAAAACAAAUCACCCUCCUUCAAAAAAUGACACACCACCAUUUCCUCUCUAACCGAAGAGGGUGAAACAACAACGAUGAAGAUGAGCUAUUCCUGUACAACCAAGACAACAAAACCCGAACUCUUGCCUGUGAACACCUUUUAGACGACUUAAGAUGAAUUACCAGAGGAUAUAUAUAUGUAUAUGUAUAGAUCUACAAGGUAUAUGAGAUAUACUUGACCAAAAUUUUAUGCAAACAGAGAAAAGGCUGUGAAAACAAGCAAAGGAAUGGUGGUUUCCCUUCACACGAACACAAAUAUCUAUUAUUUCCAAUUUAUGCUGUGAAAAACAAGCUUUAAUACAUGUUCAGUUUUCAUACAGUGAAAUUUUUUUCUAUAUGCUAUUGCACUUCUACAUUCUCUAUUGUUAUUAAUAUCAACGUCAUUGUCAUAUUCAUUCUAACCACUUCAUAGAGGGUCAUCCAUGUGCAGAAACAGAAUUUAUUUUUCUGUUUGUUGUUUUCUCUCAAAGUUUCAAUCGUGAAUGUAACGUUGCACCGCCUGCUGUGGUGUGAGGCUGAGAGUUCUCUGUACUGGUCUGCAGAGAGCUCACGAUAGGAUGCUAUUUACUCAGGUGUGUAUUGUAAGUUAGAUUGGUGUGACUAGUAGGGGACAAACCUUGCUGCGUAGCAGGGGAGAACUGCAUCAAGCAAUACAAUAGAGGGCAACAAGGAUGUCUUUAAAAAUAGUGACAACAGUAACAAACUGGCAGCGCAUUGCUGUGGUAGGAAGGCUUCUGUGUAGAUGAGACCUGAAAGGAAAGUUGCAUAUGUGGAGAAGAGUGAGAAUAAGGGAAAAUCAGUUUUAAUAGUUGUGCAAAUGUGUUAAAAUGACAAAUUUGAAUAUUCUGUUUAAAACUCGAGCCAAUAUGAUCAGCAUUGGUUAUCUGAGCCGUGGCUAAAAACAAACACCUUGCAUUUGCAACAAAACAUUUUUUAACGUUCCUCUGCUUCAAUUAUUUUAUUGGGACAAAUCAAGAAGUGAUCUUUAUGUUUAUGUUUAUUUAUUUGGCAGACGCUUUUAUCCAAAGCGACUUACAAUUUAUAACCUAUAGGGCAUGUUGUGAUCUGUGGGGGAAACCGGAGUACCCGGAGGAAACCCACGCAUGCAUGGGGAGAACACGCAACUCCACGCAGAAAGGCCGCAGCCGUGUUUCGAACCUGCAACCUUCGUGCUGCGAGGCAACAGUGCUAACCACUGUGCCACCAUGCAGAGCUCUUUAAUUUAAGAGUCCUUAUUAGUUUUAUUCUGAGGAUAAAACCAUGAAUGGAAACUAUUUUGAUUGACUUGGCAGCGAAUGGCUUGAGUUUUGUAAUACUUUUUAUGUUGUGUCACUUUUAUCAAAAAAUCAUUAGCCAUUUUUGUGCUGAAGGAUGGGGUGUCAGACUGUUUAAUAAAUCACUGACCUGAUGUGUUGACAUUUGCAACAUGGGGUCACAAUCAUCAGCACCUUCCUAUCAGAGUACUAGUUGAAUGCUGAAAGAGGAAAUCGGUUGAAUAGAAUUUAACCAUGGUUGUGGAUGAGAUUACUUACUAUUUUUAGUCUCCUCCUGUCUUUUAUUUUGUAAUCCAUAAAAUAAGCCAUUAGCUGGAGAAACGGUCAUUUUCAUUAAUCUAUAUACACUUACAGGGCUGUCAAAUAAGGGGAAUUGACUGGUACACCCAUAGACAUGAAUACGUAGAUGCGUCAUUGGGCGCUGGAGAGUUCAGUAGUGUUGCUGCCAUAUUGGGUGGCUUAUUCACUCUCCAAACCCAACUGGAGUCAAUGCAGGGUGAACAACUGUGCCCAUUUUUGUGCAACCAACUGUUGCAAUAACUGGCGCACUGUUGAAAACAGAACACGUGGGAUUUCUAUUGACUUUUCUAGCCUACCUGUUGGGAUUUAAUAUUGUAAUUUAUUUUAUUUUAUUUAUUUUAUUCAUAUUUUUUUAUUUAGUGAAAAAAAUAAAAUGUGUAUUUUUAGUUGGGUGAACACCUUCCUCAGUUGAAAUAAAUCCAACAUGGUGGCCCGCUGCUACACCAGCUCCAAUAGGUAACACCAGUCCACAUCGCAUCUGCGUAGAUGAUGUCUGUGGGUCCACCUCCGACAUUGUGUACGCUGCUGAGCUCAUUUCCUUUUUCUCAUUUAGUUUAUCUAACUCAGGAAGUCCCACGGUUGUCCCAUUAUUGGGGCUCAGGCAUAAAAGACGGCCGCCCAUGGCCCAGCAAUCAUUGCACAAAGCUUGGUGGUUCAUUAAGAGCAGUCAAACCUAUACAUGUUGUGGGCUCGCUAGAAAAACGGAAACAGGUGAGACAAAGCAUGACCAUCGCAUGACUGUAAAAGUUGAUGUUUGUCUGAAGUCAAAUCGUAUAAUAAAAAAAAGAAAUGAAGAUAUUUUGAAUUUGGGAAGUAGAAGUCCAAACCUUUUUUAUGCAACAUUUUGAUCAGUAUUUUAGCAAAAGUUUAUAUAUCUACUGUAUAUCUUGUUGGUAACCAUUUGCUAAGUUGGUGGUAUGUACAGUUAAUAGCACACAUUCAGCUGCUCAGAUCAAACAGCAGACAUUUGUCAUCAGGGAGAUGGGAGGGUCUUCCACCUGGAAUCCAGGCCCACAGAUACAAGUUACCUGCAAGAGCUAAUGGUAGGUUAGUUCAACUUCCACCUCACCUACAGUUCUGCAUUACUGUGAAACAUACAUUAUAUUAAAUGUGACACUGAAACUCAACAGGCAAGACCAGCAUAUAAUUAUCUUUUUACAGAAGUUUAUAUUGGUGCAAAUGAGAUGUGUGUGAAUUUGACGUAAUGCAUGAAGCUGGACACGUCUGUUGUUGACAGAGAUUAGUACGAAAGGAUGUAAGGUAGUGAAAAUAUCUGAUGUGGGGAAAAUUUAGGAAAGACGAGCUCUUUUUUGUGGGUUAUUGAUGUAUGUUAGGAUGAGCAAAGACAUGGGGGUGUUUGAGACAAUGGAUUUAAUUUAGUAUUUUUGUCUUUGCAGAUGAUUUCACUGCAUUCAGACACACUCAUAUAUGCAUUAUGAAUUGUGAGAUGAUAAAAAUAUGCAUUGAUUGUACAAUUCAGAAUGAAGUUAGUGAUUGUUUAAAAAUAAAGAUUAUGUUAUCAAAAA